UGGAAUGCAAACAACUGAAGCGCUUAACCUACAAAUGGAGGAACAAAUGUGCAGCUGGGCAUUCAGUGUCGGCAAAGGAGACAGUUGAGGUGAUGACAUGUGAAAUUAACGAGGCUAUUUCUUAUGAAAUUUCUGCGGGCGAAGCGAAGCCAGAAGAUAACUCACCGAUAAGAGAGGUGGCCCUCACGGUAUCGACCAUGGAUGGUCCCUCUCCCAUUCUCUUUGAAAUACCAGAAUUGGUAGGUAUCUUCAGCUCCAGAGAUAUUGCAAUAGGGCCCGUGGCAGUCGUUUCACUUCUUCUAAGAGCUAUGCUGCAAAAUGAGAUUGACCCGGUCAAGAAUGCACAUUAUUACCAUUGGUUGGAUUUCACGGCAGCUCUUUUUGCUAGCAUAACACAAGCGGCCCUCUGCAUUCGGGGCCACCAUAACAAUUGCUCUCCAACAGCAAAAAGGCUUUUUGGGCAUAAAAAAGUUCACCAAGAACUCACAUAUUGUUUAGGUUACGCCAGUCUGUUUUCAGCUCUGCCCAUCAUGGAGUUAAGGUUACUAAAUCAAUGGGUGCGAUCGAAGAUGAAGUUAAAAACGCUGAAGGACUGCAAGAACUGUAUCCACGUGGCCAUUCCUAAGCUGCGGGAUGGGAAAGAGAGGCCGCCCUGCAUACCUUCACCCAAGCCCGAGGCGGUGCUGGUAGCCAGUUAUGUUUACACUUCUUCUAUUUGCGGGCAAUUUGCUCAGUGUUCACGGGUCCGGAAGCUCCAAUACAUAAAUUCCCGCACAUGCAAGUCGGUGAUAGAGGAGGCAUCUGGUAAACACCUCCCCUCUUCACAAUCUCUCAUUCCAAUUCUCAAAAGGAACAAUUCAGUCACUCACAUAUUCACAGGAAAC